UCAGAGAAACCCAUGGUGCUGGAGGAUGAUACUUUCUUCAGGUGCAGUCAUUGCCCAUACAUGGGCACAAAUGAGAACACUGUACGAAGACAUGAAAUGAAGCACACUGAUACAACUGUCCACAUAGAAGGCUUGCUGGCCUCGACACAAGCAGCAAAACAUGGUUCCCCCAAGUCGUCCGUCCCGCACAGGCCGAGCACGGAAGCCCCACGACCCGGAAGCGUCGAAGCCUUCCGCUGCUUCCACUGUCGCACCACGUUCUCUGGCGAGGGCGAAAUCGAGGCCCACUCUCAGCAGUGCACCGGCAGCGCCCCCUUCAGCUGCCACCUCUGUCCGACCACGUUUUCCCUCCUGCCCAACCUCAGGAGCCACAUCGUCGGCCACACCUCGGAUGCGGUUGGCGAAGACCAGGGCGUCCAGGCGCUCCAGAAGUCGGCGGCGGCAACGGCGGCGGCGGCAAAGUCGACACCCCUGUUCAAGUGUGCCGAGUGCCCCAGAUAUUUUUCGAAAAAAACGCUAGUCAUUCACAUGAGGACGCACACCGGGGAGAAGCCGUACCCGUGCGGCAUCUGUCCGAAACGGUUCAGCGUCGGCUACAAUCGGGACAGGCACAUCCGCCUCGUGCACAGCCCCUCCGCCAAGAGCCGCCGCCGGGCGGCGCGCUUCGCGUGCGGCCUCUGCGCGGCAAAGCUGCAUUCGCACUACGAGUUGAUGGAGCACAUAAAGGAAAAGCACAGGGUCAAGACCGAGCCACGUGACUGCGGAGAACGGGGUGCGAGCUGAUUUCGGGAGCGAGUCCCAGGCCCUCCCCGUGGCUUCCGGUUUCUUCGGAGCGGCGGGACGUUCUCGGUCGUCCCUCCGUUUUUCUCUGGUCUGGAAGGAGCGUACAAUGUUUGCGGAGGUGGAUUUCACAGUGAGAGUGGAGGGUGCAGAUAAGUUGCUAACAAGUUAUGAUGAUUGUGUGGGUGGUGGUGUUGGUUUCUUGUCCUCCAUAGUCAUGGCAUGUCCUCCAGUACUCCAUGGCAUUAAUUUAUUUAUUUAUACCAUUUCAUGUACCGUGGAGAUGUUUCAGCUGUGAGAUACGUGAGCAUUAAGAAAGUUACGGCAGUGUCAAUUGAGGAAGUACGUUCUGUAGCACACAAGUUCUAUCGCGCAUAAAGGCCGAAUAAGAGCAUCAGCUCUUAAAAAAACCUGCACACAAUGAUGUUACGUUACUGCUGUCGCACGCUUCAUAUAUAUCUUUUAAGGUGACAUUAAGGUCAGUCAGACAGACAGACAGACAGGUCACUAUCUGCUAGGAGGAGGUUUAAGUAAGGGGCACUGCCAUUAUAGUCAUGUAGAGGCAAUAGCCAGUCCAUAUCAUGUGCAGGGUGUCCACAAGUGAAUUUGUUUAAAUUCUCUGUUGUGUCGGCACGUUUGGGCAUCGGAGGUAGCCAGGCUGCGUUCUCCCAGGUGAGAAAUAUGUCGGCAGUCCUAAAUGGUUUACGAAACAAUUCCCACUUGCAAACCAUUUACGUAAAGAGGGGUCCAAAGUGGUUUAAAGUACAAAUUGUUUCAUAAAGCACUUGUAAUUGAAAACAUUUUUCACCUGGGCUGUAUUACGUGACAACAACAGCAAUUUACUCAGUGCUGCUUCCAGAAAUAUAAUACCGUUCUUUUGAAAACAAGAUGCUAACAUACGGAAAAGAGGGGAAAAGAACUGUUUGCAGUAAAACCAGGAGAUCUCUCCCUUCGGGUCCGCCUCUGCACCUGGGUGCCCGGAGAGACACGGUGCUAUCUUUGGGCCAGGUAUAACCAUAUCUUAUCUGUACGGCAGGGUAUAGAAACUGUUUUGUGGAAUGGUUUCCCAAAAUAGAGACGUCGUCUGUGGAAAGAACACCCCGUGGGCCGGUGUGUCGCAACACUUCCUGCAAUGUCCACUUACUUUUCGAGAGUCAAACUGUGUUUCUUAUCUGAUAAAGUGACUAGCAUGGGUUCAGUUUCAGAGAGAGAUAGAGAGAAUAGCCGAUGGACAAGAUCCACGAUGAUGAAAGCCUGAGAUGUUGCACAACACACACAGUACAACACUGAGCCGUUACGAGCAUCAUACUUUGUGUGUUGUUGCCCAGCUCAGGCUUUCGUCAUCAUGAAUCAAAUUCAGAGUUACAGGGAUUGAACAAAAUAACUCAAACACACAUCACACGUUCUUUUCUUAAUAUGGGGUAGGACCCCUCUUUGCACAUAAUACUACAACUGAAAUACAUCGAGGAAUGGACAAACAUAAAUCAUGAACAACAAGAAUAUCAAUUUUGUGCCGCUCUUCAACCAGUACAGAAGCUAACUCCUUGAUAGAAGCAGGCAGUGGGAAUUUACUCCAGACUUUGUUCUCCAGAAAGCCCACACGAGCUCUAUAAUAUUUAGGUCCGGAGACUGGGCUGGCCAGGGCGGACGUGGAAGUACACGUUCAUUCUCGUCGAGCCAAGAUCUGAUUCAGGGAGCAGUGUGGAUAGUUGCAUUCUCAUCCGGGAGAAUUGCUUUACCAUCUGGAAAUAAAGUCUGGACCAAGGGACGGACUUUGUCAGCCAAAAUAUUGAGACACUUCUGGGCAGCUACCUUGCAUUCAAGGAAGAUUAUAGGACCCAUAGAGUACCAUGAUAUUGCACCCCAGACCAUACAAGCACCCUCACCAUGUUUCACAGUGGGUUUAAGGCAGUCAGUAUCCUAGGCUUCACGCGGUUAUCUCCAGACAUGCACAAGCCUUGAAUAGGGGAAACAGUGAAACUCGACACAUCGGAUCAUAUCGCAUGUUUUCAUGUAUCCACUGUUCAAGUCCCAUGGUCUUUGCACCAUCGCACAUGCCGUUUCACGUUCUGGUUUCGUGAUAGCAGCUCUGCCGUGGAUAUCCUCAUCGUGCAGCGCGCACAUAACAGUUUUCGCGGAACACUUGUUCCCCCUUCAACUCUGCGGUGGCCCGUGGGGACGCAGUUUCGUGUUUUCUGGCCACAAUUUGACGAGGUGCUCUUCUGUCCCUUUCGUCGAGCUUUGACUUUGACCGCAGCUACUCCAGUCUGCAGAUAUUUUGCCGUACUUUGCACACCGUGACAUGACCUACGAAACAGUAGGCUUCGACAUGCCCACCAAUUCGAGAACUCAGGUCACGAGCACACAUCAUCUAUCGUCCCCCUCUGGAACUCUGUGAGGUCUGACAUAUCCUUUCGCUAAACCGAAGAAGCAGACCUUUUUGAACACCUAAAGUGCUAACGUUUGUCAAUGAUGGAAUGACCUUAGUGACACUGAUAGCAAGGGGGCAUUAUUGAUGAUGGCAGGUCUGUAAGGAAGAGUUCAACUGAACUACAGUACUUAAAAAUAGGGGUGUUAGAGUUAUUUUGUCCAACCCCAGUAUGUUCUAUUGGCAGGUUAGAUAGUCUAUCUUUAGGUUCAGGUGUGCUGCUACCAUGGAAAUUGUUAAACUCCAGUCAGGGCUCUUGGAAGCACAUCUGAUAAUGCCAUGCCAUGCAAUUUUCAGGCAGCAUUGCCCAUAACGACACAUCUCGCCUCCUCAUGGAGCUGCUUGGACGUCUGCCAGUCUUGCAUAUUCAGUGCAAGGCGAAAGUGGUGUCAUUUCAAUUUUAUGUUGGAUUACCUGUUUUUACAAAGAUUUGUGCCAAGCCUGUAAUGUAAUUACCUGGUGUUCAUCUUCCGGCAAACUCGAUUUAUUUUAUGUUAUGCGCACAUAUUUCUAUUAUGCUUUUCUUAUGCUACUGAAGAUACAUCCAGCACUGCGCCUAUGGACACUUGCAUACAUUCCUUCUGUUAUGCUCACGUAUUAAGCACCAAGGACCAAGUGAGGCCAUCGCAAUUUUAACCAACUCAACUCCUGCAGUCCGAUCAAAUUGUAAAUGUACAUCAGCCAUUGAAUUGAAGUACCUUACAACGUUCAACUGGUUUGUAAACAUUCUUUUACCGUGGUAUUGAAUAUUUUGCUGUUAGCACAUUUCACCCCUGUACCGGUUCUGCAUACGUUACCUCGUAUUACACAUACUUGAUAGUACUGGGGCAUCGCAUUUACUGAUACUAAUAUUGGGUAAUAAUAUCAUUCGGCAGCAUGCUCGAAGGGGGAAAAAAAUGCAAUACAGGCAUGCCUGAAACGAGGUCUGGUAUUUGUCUGCCUGAGUGGUGUAAAUAUGUAAAUAACUGUCAUUAUGUGAAAAGGUAGAAAAUCCAACGAACUCGUGAGGAAGUGUUAAGGGAGGAACAUGAGUAUGAGAGCUGCCAAUAUUGCAAACAGAGACAGUUCUCCUCAACCCGGUAGAAGAACAUUCUCAGUUCAAAAUAUUGGUGUCUCUUCUCCGGAGACUCUUGACUCAACAUUAACUUCGUUAUAGCUCUCUUGCUUCUAUAUGUAAGCACCUUAUUUCUCACUACAAUAAAGCGUACUAUAUUGA